CUCGCGCACGCGCCGCGCCGGGAACGUCCCAGAGCCGGGAGCGCGCGCCCCGCGGAUGACAACAAAUUCGUUGCGCGGCCUCUGUGGAGGUGUCCGCCUCACCGUGGCCUCAGGCCCUGCCGUCUCCCCGCGUGCUCUCUUGUACCUUCUCUCCAGUGCCGACUAGGACCCUCCUCGGAUACCUCCCGGCCCCCGGGCUUGGGGCUAACAGGGACUCUUCCGCGACUUGUGCCCUCCAGGCCUAGCGCGAGCGGCGCCGCACAGGCGAUGGGGUCGCCCUGAGGGACGCCCGACGCCGAGCGGGCAUGGAGGGGCCUCCCCGGGCUUAGGCUUCGCCGAGGCCUGGGCAGGCCGGCCCCGGGACGCCGCCGCCGCUGCCCCAGCCGCGGCCUGGAGCAGGAGCCUGGCCGGAGCCCCCAGGCCGGAGCCGCCCGCAGCCCUGCCGGCCCAGCUGCCAGCCCUCAUCAUGCCUUGGCCGUUUUCGGAGUCCAUCAAGAAGAGGGCCUGUCGGUACCUCCUGCAGAGGUACCUGGGCCACUUUCUGCAGGAGAAGCUGAGCCUGGAGCAGCUCAGCCUGGACCUGUACCAGGGCACCGGGUCCCUCGCUCAGGUCCCCUUGGACAAAUGGUGUCUCAAUGAGAUCCUGGAGUCAGCAGAUGCACCUUUAGAAGUCACGGAAGGAUUCAUACAGUCAAUUUCUCUGUCCGUUCCAUGGGGCUCCUUGUUGCAGGACAAUUGUGCACUGGAAGUGAGGGGGUUAGAAAUGGUCUUCCGACCUCGACCCCGCCUAGCAUCUGGUUCUGAGCCCAUGUAUUGGUCGAGCUUCAUGACCAGCAGUAUGCAACUGGCAAAAGAAUGUCUUAGCCAGAAACUAACAGAUGAACAAGGAGAAGGAUCCCAGCCUUUUGAAGGACUUGAAAAGUUUGCUGAAACCAUUGAAACAGUACUAAGAAGAGUAAAAGUCACUUUUAUAGACACUGUCUUGAGAAUUGAACAUGUGCCAGAAAAUUCCAAAACUGGAACUGCACUUGAAAUUCGAAUAGAAAGAACCAUGUACUGUGAUGAAACUGCUGACGAGUCCUCAGGAAUUAACGUACAUCAACCCACAGCUUUUGCUCACAAGUUACUUCAGCUCUCUGGGGUGUCUCUCUUCUGGGAUGAGUUUUCUGCAUCUGCAAAAUCCUCCCCAGUGUGUUCAACUGCGCCAGUGGAAACGGAGCCAAAGCUGUCACCUAGCUGGAAUCCAAAAAUCGUUUAUGAGCCUCACCCACAACUAACAAGGAGUUUGCCAGAAGUAGCACCCUCUGACCCAGUGCAGAUAGGAGGGCUCAGUGGUAGGCUAGAGUUGAGUCUCACAUUGAAACAGAAUGAAGUACUUCCUGGAGCUAAGUUGGAUAUUGAUGGACAGAUAGACUCUAUACAUCUAUUCCUGUCACCCAGGCAGGUGCACUUGCUUUUGGACAUGUUAGCAGCUAUUGCUGGACCAGAAAAUUCAAGCAAAAUAGGGUUAGCUAAUAAAGAUAGAAAAAAUCGACCCAUGCAGCAAGAAGAUGAAUAUCGAAUUCAAAUGGAAUUGAACCGGUAUUAUUUGAGGAAAGAUUCCCUCUCUGCCGGCGUGUCCUCAGAGCAAAGCUUUUAUGAGACAGAAACGGCUCGUACACCUUCUAGCCGGGAAGAAGAAGUUUUCUUCUCCAUGGCUGAUAUGGACAUGUCACAUAGUCUCUCUUCUCUUCCACCUCUUGGGGAACCCCCAAAUAUGGACCUUGAGUUAUCAUUGACUAGUACAUAUACAAACACCCCAGCAGGAUCUCCGUUAAGUACUACUGUGCUUCAGCCAACGUGGGGAGAUUUCCUUGAUCAUCAUAAAGAACAGCCAGUAAGAGGAUCAGCGUUACCAUCCAACCUAGUUCACCCAGCAUCUUUACAAAAGACUGCUCUCCCCUCUAGGUCUGUUUCAGUGGAUGAAUCUAGGCCUGAACUCAUUUUUAGAGUAGCUGUGGGAACGUUUUCAAUCUCUGUGCUUCACAUUGAUCCUUUAUCUCCACCUGAAUCAUCACUGAACGUUAAUCCAUUGACACCAAUGGCGAUAGCUUUCUUUACUUGUAUAGAAAAGAUUGAUCCAGCACAAUUUUCAACAGAAGAUUUUAAGUCUUUCCGAGCAGUAUUUGCAGAAGCUUGCUCACAUGAUCACCUUAGAUUUAUAGGCACUGGCAUCAAAGUGUCCUAUGAACAAAGACAAAGAUCUGCUUCCCGAUAUUUCAGUACUGAUAUGUCCAUUGGGCAAAUGGAACUUCUGGAAUGCCUGUUUCCAACUGAUUUUCAUUCUGUUCCUCCUCACUAUACAGAGCUUUUGAUGUUCCAUUCCAAAGAACGAACUGAUUCUCACCCCCCUGUGUGUCUUCAGCUUCAUUAUAAGCAUUCUGAGAAUAAAGGACCUCAGGGUAGUCAAGCAAGACUUAGUUCCGUUCCUCAGAAGGCAGAAUUACAGGUUAAGUUAAAUCCAGUGUUUUGUGAGCUGGAUAUCAGUAUUGUGGACAGGUUAAAUUCCUUGCUUCAACCACAGAAACUCACUACAGUGGAGAUGAUGGCAUCGCAUAUGUAUACUUCAUAUAAUAAGCAUAUUAGUUUGCACAAAGCUUUCACUGAAGUAUUUCUAGAUGAUUCACAUAAUCCUGCAAACUGCCGGGUAUCAGUACAAGUUGCCACGCCAGCAUUAAACCUUUCUGUUCGCUUCCCAAUACCUGAUCUUCGAUCAGAUCAAGAGAGAGGACCAUGGUUCAAGAAGUCACUUCAGAAGGAAAUUCUUCAUUUAGCAUUCACAGAUCUAGAGUUUAAAACUGAAUUCUUAGGAGGAUCAACCCCUGAACAAGUUAAAUUGGAACUUACAUUUAGAGAACUAGUUGGGUCAUUCCAGGAAGAUAAAGGAGAACCAUCUAUUAAGUUUUUCCAUGUGGCUAGUGGAGGAGAUGGAGAUACAACGUCAUCAGAUGACUUUGACUGGCCGCGAAUUGUACUGAAAGUGAACCCACCAGCCAUGCAUUCCAUUUUGGAGAGAAUGGCAGCUGAGGAGGAAGAGGAAAGUGACGGCCACUAUCAGGAGGAAGAGGAGGGAGGCGCUCAUUCCCUGAAGGAUGUCUGUGACCUGAGGAGACCAGCCCCGUCUCCCUUCUCUUCCCGCAGGGUCAUGUUUGAAAAUGAACAGAUGGUGAUGCCAGGAGAUCCUGUAGAAAUGACAGAGUUUCAGAAUAAAGCAAUCAGCAAUUCUCACUAUGUGCUGGAACUUACGUUACCCAAUAUUCAUAUAACACUACCUAAUAAAAGCUUUUAUGAGAAGCUUUAUAAUAGGAUCUUUAAUGAUUUGCUGCUAUGGGAACCAACAGCUCCUUCACCAGUAGAGACAUUUGAAAAUAUUUCAUAUGGUAUUGGACUUUCAGUAGCCAGUCAGCUGAUUAAUACCUUCAGCAAGGAUAGUUUUAGUCCAUUUAAAUCUACAGUUCACUAUGAUGAGGAAAGUGGAUCUGAGGAGGAGACUUUGCAGUAUUUUUCUACUGUUGAUCCCAAUUAUCGUUCUCGUAGGAAAAAAAAACUAGACUCUCAGAACAAGAACUCACAGAGUUUUCUCUCAGUUCUUCUGAGUAUUAAUCAUGGGUUAAUGGCAGUGUUUACAGAUGUAAAGCAAGGUAAUGGAGAUCUGUUGGAAAACAAGCAUGGUGAAUUCUGGUUAGAAUUCAACAAUGGUUCAUUAUUUUGUGUGACAAGAUAUGAAGGUUUUGACGACAAGCACUAUGUUUGCCUUCAUUGUAGCAGUUUCAGUCUCUACCACAAAGGCAUAGUGGAUGGAGCAGUUCCUUCUACAGAAACACGACUGCCUAGUUCAACCCGCCCACAUUGGUUAGAACCUACUAUUUAUUCCUCUGAAGAAGAUGGCCUCAGUCGAGCUUCUUCAGAUGGUGUUGGAGGAGACACUUUGAAUAUGCUGUCUGUUGCAGUUAAAAUACUGUCGGAUAAAUCAGAGUCCAAUACAAAGGAGUUUCUCAUUGCUGUAGGGCUAAAAGGAGCCACUCUCCAGCAUAGAAUGCUUCCUUCUGGGCUUAGCUGGCAUGAACAGAUUUUAUACUUCUUGAAUAUUGCUGAUGAACCUGUUCUGGGAUACAACCCUCCAACUUCAUUUACAACCUUUCAUGUCCAUCUUUGGAGCUGUGCACUUGAUUACAGGCCUCUUUAUUUGCCAAUCCGAUCUCUUCUUACUGUUGAAACAUUCAGCGUUUCAAGUAGUGUCGCCUUGGAUAAAUCAUCAUCUACUCUCAGAAUAAUUUUGGAUGAAGCUGCUUUACACCUGUCUGACAAGUGUAAUACUGUUACUAUAAAUUUGAAUAGAGAUUAUGUUCGUGUGAUGGAUAUGGGACUUUUGGAAUUAACCAUAACUGCAGUGAAGUCUGAUUCCAAUGGAGAGCAAACUGAACCACACUUUGAAUUGCACUGUUCUAGUGACGUUGUCCAUAUUAGAACGUGCUCAGACUCUUGUGCUGCACUAAUGAAUCUAAUUCAAUACAUUGCAAGCUAUGGGGACUUACAUGCCACUAACAAGGCGGACGUGAAACCAGGAGCUCCUCAAAGAAAGGUGAAGGUAGAUUCUGUUGGUCGGUCAUCCUCACGUGGUCCAGUACUUCCUGAAGCAGAUCAGCAGAUACUACGAGAUUUGAUGAGUGAUGCAAUGGAGGAGAUUGACAUGCAAGAAUCAGCUUCAUCUGUAAAACCACAGUCUAAUGGUGUUUCUGAUGAAAAAUCUCAAGUUCAGGAACCAUGUUGUUCAGACCUCUUCCUGUUUCCUGAUGAGAGUGGAAACGUGUCCCAGGAGCCUGGUCCCACUUACACCUCAUUCACCCACCACUUGAUUAGUGAUGCAGUGACAGGCGUGCCCACGGAAAAUGACGACUUUUGCAUUCUUUUUGCACCAAGAGCAACCAUUCAGGAGAAGGAAGAAGAACCAGUUGUAAAAAUAAUGGUUGAUGAUGCAAUUGUGAUAAGAGAGAAUUAUUUUAGUCUGCCUGUUAAGAAGACAGAUACAAGCAAAGCCCCGUUACACUUUCCCGUUCCUGUUGUUCGGUACCUGGUUAAAGAAGUCUCUCUUGUUUGGCAUCUUUAUGGAGGAAAAGAUUUUGGAACAGCCCCUCCUACUUCUCCAGCUAAAAGUUAUAUUAGUCCCCAUAGCUCACCUUCUCACACACCUACAAGACAUGGACAUAAUAUGGUCUGUGGGGGAAAAGGAAGAAACCAUGACUUUUUAAUGGAAAUACAGUUAAGCAAGGUGAAGUUUCAGCAUGAGGUCUACCCGCCCUGCAAACCAGAAUGCGCGUCUAGCCUCGUGGAGCACCCGGUGUCCCGGCAGGUGUUCAUCGUGCAGGAUCUGGAGAUUCGGGAUCGUCUGGCAACGUCACAAAUGAAUAAAUUUUUGUACCUGUAUUGCAGUAAAGAAAUGCCUCGGAAAGCUCAUUCCAACAUGUUGACAAUUAAAGCAUUACACGUGCGCCCAGAGUCUGGCAGGUCCCCACAGGAGUGCUGCCUAAGAGUGUCACUAAUGCCACUUCGCCUCAAUAUUGACCAGGAUGCCUUGUUCUUCUUGAAGGAUUUCUUCACAAGUCUUUCUACAGAAGUAGAGCUUCUCAUGACUCCAGAUCCAGAAGUUAAAAAGUCUCCUGGGGCUGAUGUCACCUGCAGUUUGCCAAGGCAUUUAAGCACCUCAAAAGAGCCAAAUCUAGGUCUUUCUUUCCCUGGGCCAAAGCAGCCUUCCCCAAAUGGCAGUGCCAAUUCAGUGCAAGCGGUUAAUGGGGAAGAAGAGAAGGACUUCUCUCCUGAAGAAGCAUUGUUUAGUGAUCAGCCUGUGUUUUUUAGAGAAUUUAGAUUCACAUCAGAAGUUCCUAUUCGACUUGAUUAUCAUGGGAAACACGUAUCAAUGGAUCAGGGUACAUUAGCUGGGAUUUUGAUUGGUCUCGCCCAGUUAAACUGCUCUGAACUAAAGCUGAAGAGGCUUUUCUAUCGGCAUGGUUUGCUAGGUGUGGACAAAUUAUUCUCAUAUGCAAUCACCGAAUGGCUUACUGACAUUAAGAAGAACCAGCUGCCAGGAAUCCUGGGAGGCGUUGGGCCUAUGCAUUCACUAGUACAACUAGUGCAAGGCCUCAGGGACUUGGUCUGGCUGCCCAUCGAGCAGUACCGAAGGGACGGCCGCAUCGUCAGGGGCUUCCAGAGAGGCGCGGCCUCCUUCGGCACCUCGACGGCGAUGGCUGCCCUCGAGCUCACGAACAGAGUGGUUCAAACCAUACAGGCAGCGGCAGAGACUGCGUAUGACAUGGUGUCUCCAGGCACCCUUUCUAUCGAGCCCAAGAAGGUCAGAAGGUUCCCCCAUCACCGGUUAGCCCACCAGCCAGUGGACCUGAGGGAAGGGGUGGCCAAGGCCUACAGUGUCGUGAAGGAGGGACUCGCAGACACGGCUCAGACCAUUUACGAAACGGCCGCUCGGGAACACGAGAGCCGGGGGGUGACGGGCGCGGUGGGGGAAGUCCUGCGCCAGCUCCCCCCGGCCGUGGUGAAACCUCUGAUCGUUGCCACAGAAGCGACAUCGAACGUCUUGGGUGGCAUGAGGAACCAGAUCAGGCCAGAUGUCCGGCAGGACGAGUCACAGAAGUGGCGCCAUGGGAACGAGUGACGGUUCAGACGCGACUCUCGGUGACGACGAGGGUGGAGAUGCGGGGCAGAGGGUCCCACCAGCUGCUGCAGAGGGGACUCAUUUACUAUUAUCACGCUCAUCUCAGGAACAAAACCAUUUCUUAGUGAAAUAAUUUAGCAUCAAAGCAACAUGCAACCAAAACCUUUUGACAUUUUAGGGCUAGUUGGUACUUGCGAGUAGACAUGUUUGGUGGCUGGUGUCAAAAGUCCGUAAAGCAUUUGCUGCCAAGUUAGUAGAAUGCUUGCUUUUAUUAAAAUGACUGUAAUUUUCCUCGUUACAGACAAGCUAUCAUUGGAAACCUCCUUUUACAGUACAGGGUGCUCAGAAGCGUUUUGAGUACUUUGAAAGCACUAUAUUUAUGUUGCUCCAAGGAGUUGAUUUUUCUCCAUGUUUAAAGAGAAUCACAGCUUCGAAACUUUCAUUAAAAAUGAGAGACAGAAGCCACAGGGAAAAUAAAGCAAAUAGGAUUUUCAAUGUAAAUAUCAGUGAGGAAAAAAUAACCCAGUCUGUUGGAUUUAGUGUUCACGCAGUCAAGAACGUCGUUUCCACUUGCUCAGAAAAUCCUUCUAUGGGAGUUUGAGAACGUGAAUGUCGCAGACUUGUUCUGUUGUGUUGCACUUUAUUAUGUGUAUGUGUGUGUGUGUGUGUGUUUAGAUUAAUACAAGUCAUGUACUAUAUUCUACAUGUAAUUUACAGAGUUACACAAACUAUAAGGAGGACUAAGUAUGAAGGUUUUUGGCAAAGGAAGGUAACUCAAAUGUAGUAACUUUCGUUUAUUCUAAGUAUAAUGAAAAUGUCAUUCUAUAAUGAACUGGGGCCCAUAUAAUUGUUUGUUUAUUCAAAUUUAAGCAGGUAUAGUGCAAGCUUAUUAGGGGUGUGUGGAAAGGGAGAUUGAAAGUGGUUUUUACUUUUUUGAAAUUAACCAAAAAAUCCUCCAAAUAUGCCCUAGUCAGCUAUUUUGAAGCACCAUUUUUACUUGGUUAACAGUGUACAUUUUGAUAUUCUGUCAGGAAUGAAUAAAAGUAUUUUUAUUUAAAGGUAAAGUUGUUUUAUGCUUCCAUGAAUAGUUUGCUUCUCUUAGAGCAUAUUCAUAGAUGCAAUGCUAGGAUUUACUCCAAAAUCCUUGGGAACACUUUCUCAAAAUUGAUUUUGGUUAAUGUUAAGCAGAUCAUUACCUAGAUGUGAGAAGGAAAUUGUUCUCCAGAACUCCUUCUCUGACUUUAGAUUAAUCUAGCAGAAAGAAAACAUAGGAUUUUGUAUUCAUCCUGUAUUUAAAGUGUCAUGAUGUGAGCUCUCAUUUCCUAGAAUGGGGGGGAUGUCAUCGAGUUGAAGUUGAAUUUCAGAACUACUUUCAGUUUGGGGUUUGAAAAAUGACAUUGGAUCAGUUUCAUUCUUGAAACUUUCUACGAGAAAGCAAAAAUCCGAACAUUUAAAAUUGGUAAAAUUUUGUUAAGUAGUGUUUAAGUCUGUCUUGUUCUCUUUUUACUGCUGAAAAACUUGAACGGCCAGUGCUCAGAAAACCACCUGUUGAAGGGUCAGAGGACCACUUGUUACUAGACCCCAGCUGGAUGGAGCCCACCUAGAAUGUGGUCCUGAGUAAACAGGAAUCACGGCUGUUUACUGUGUGAAGCUUCAGCCUGCUUCUGGGGUGCUUUCCGGGCACCCUUGCAUCAGUCCCAGCAUCUUCCCUUGCACGGAACAUGCUGGGUAUGAUAUGUGUGAUAAGGAAUCAAACUGAAAAACGCUCAAAUUUAAAAAUAUAAAAUCUCCUUAACUUUUAAAUACAUUUUCCAUACUGUAUUUAAUUGAACUUAAUUAGUAUAGGGAGAAAUAAUCAUCCUCUUCUCUGUACUCUGAGUUGCAGAUGGACCCAUUUUUUGACAAAUUGGGUUUAUAAGUCCCAUUAAGCAUAUCUUUAUUACGCAAUUUCCAUGGCUCUCUCUUCUGCCCUCCUGUACCUGCUUUUGAUAGAAUCCACCUUUGGGAUCAGAAACCUUGUGUCUCAGAAAGACUUAGUGUCAAGGCGCUGUUCAUGGUCACUUUAAACCAAGAUGCUCUUUACCUGAGAUGUUUACGUGGAAGAACUGUGUGUGUAUUUGAACACUUUGCCAUUGUUAAACAUCCAUAAUUUUUUUGUUUUUUAAUAGUGUCUUUUCUAACUUUUACGCCAUGCUGACACGGUAAAGAGUGUGGCAGGAUGCUUGUGUGGCCAGGUCUGUGACUUACCUAGAGGUGACUUGGCCAAGACAUUCAGCUCUAAGCCUCAGUGUGCCCCUCUGUAAAUGAAGGGGCUUCUUACGACAGCAGAGAUUUUCAGAUGAUUGGAGCAUGCGCACGUGUGCGAGCAAGCGUGCGAGUGUGAAUGAUGGUGUGGGGUGUAGCACUUAGUCGUGGGCCCCAGGCCUGUGACACCUUGAACAGGUGGCAUUGCCAGAGUCCUGGCCGUAUGACACCCACAGAAGCCCCGGCUCCUCCAGGUCUCUGAUCUCUCAGACCAAUGUGUUUCUGAACGGUGCCUUCAAGGCUGACCUCUGAGUGGAGUAGACAGCAUGUCCGUGUAUCGCUGCAUUGAGUCCGUGUGUGUAUCUCCCCGAGGGGCCAGGUAAGCAAGCUUGAUCAGGAAGCAUCAGUGAGUUUCAGAACCUCACAGGGUUACAGGAACACAGUAAGACCGCCUUACAUGAUAAAGGCAGCAGGGGCCAUGGUGACGUCUUCUCUUGAUUCGGGCUGAUUGGGAUCCCCCGAUUUCCUUGUCUGUCCACAGAUGGCUGUCGUUUACUAGUACAAUGUCCGCUCAGCACUCGCCUUUUAGGACAGAUAGGAUGGCAUGUUUUUUGUAGAUAUCGUAGCAAAGACUUCCAUUUUAGUAAAGCUUGAGUCCAAUUUGGAUUCCCACUUAAGCAAGCACAUGUAUGUAACGUCAACAUUUUUAUAAUACAGAACUCAAGAAAAAAAAAAUCUUCCCAAGUAGCAAUGUGCUUAAAAUGGCAAAAAGACAAAAAACUAGUAUUUCUUGCUCCUGCUAUGUGUCACUUUUAAAUGCUGUUGAAAUAGUUUCAGUUUUUAAGGGAAUUACUUUUUAACCAUCUCCUUUAAAAACUGUGUUCUGUAGGUUUAGUGCCUUUGUUCAGUUCUCAAACAGGCAAAACAACUACGUCUGCUGCUUGGGGGCCGCUCGCCGCCCUCGGGUACCGUCGAGUUGGGUCGUGUGCCCCAAACUUGCCCUCACCAGAGACAAGAGACAGGGCAGAGGUGGAGUUCAGCAGUUUUAAACCAGAAGUCCACACUUGCACUAGGUAGUUUUAGGAUUAACAAUUUAUUAUCUUAACAUUAAUUUAGAUCUUAUAUAUAUAUAUAUAUAUAUACACACAUAUAUAUAAAAGCCACAUGACCUGACUUCAGAAUAAUCGUUUAACUCUGCUUUGCUUCAGUUUUCUCAGACCUCCGUGGGGUGUGUUUCCUCAGCUUCAUGGGGACUGUGGCAGGGCUAGUGGUCUGCGGUGAGCAGUCUAUUCCCUGCUUCCCUUCAUGUCCUCUUGACCGACCUAAGACAUGGGAGAAAAUGUCUGUAAACUUCUUUAAGCCUCUUGAAAGUAUAAGGCCCUAUGCAAAUACAAAGUGAUACUUGGUGUCUGCAGAUGCAUCAGUUGGACGUACCCAUUGGUACCGAAUUGAAUAAAUCAAAUAUAAGUUUGUGAGUCUCAGGUUAAAAAGCAAAGUUGUUUAGAUAGUGUAUGAAUAGUGAAGGGGGGAAAAAAAAUCUUACCAAGAAAUCUUGUUUCUUUUUACUGGAAGAUACAGUCAGUCUUUUCAUUGAAAAUAACUGAGUGCUUUAAUGCCAAUUUAUUUUUAUCUCAAUAGUUUCAAAAUCAUGCUAGGCACUCUGCUCCCUGUAAUAGACUUUAUAUGCACAGUUGCAAGUCAGCCAGUUUUAAUCAAAAGAAUUUUCCUUUCAUUGUAGUGUCUACAAGUCAAAAAUACAGAAGGCCUUCUAGUACAUCACAAUUAGCUUCUUUGGGAGGGGGCGGGAUAAGAAAUUUAGGUGAGUUUCGACAAUUCAUAUUUUGAAGUGUCAGCAAUUUUUAAAAACAGAGGUGUUAGACAUUUUUUUUUUGCCUCCAGUACCGUGUUGGCCCCUUUGUUUCAAGCACGUAGCCUCAUAGAAAACACCAGAAUGCUAUCUGAUGUAUUUCAGGAGAUUGUAGAUGUGAUGUUGGCUGACUCAAGGAUAUCUCUAGUGCUGUGUGUGUUGGGGCGGGGGCAGGGUUGAAAUAGCAGCCCCUCCUUUUAAGAAUGUGUUUACUUUGCUGUUUCACAUGUAUUUUGUGUAUAUGAAAUGGCAGCUUCCAGUUUCUAGUUGGAUUUGUCUUACGUUGUUUGUAUAAUUUGCCAGUCACACAGGACUGUUUGCUUUUCCGUUGCAAAAUUUGGUAGGGACUCCAAUUCAGCUCUUAUGUUAAUCCAUCCUGAUUUAUUUUGGACAUUGAAUUGAUCU